CAGUGUGGAAAGGCCUUUAGUCACAUGUCUUCUCUCAAGACACACCAGAGGAUCCAUACUGGGGAAAAGCUGUAUCAGUGCACUACUUGUGGGAUGAGUUUCAAGAGGAAAUCAUGUCUCACCACCCAUCAGAUCACACACUCGGGAGAAAAUCCACAUCACUGUUCAGAGUGUGGGAAGGUCUUUAGCCACAUGUCUGCUCUCAAGGUACACCAGAGGAUCCAUACUGGGGAAAAGCCGUAUCAGUGUUCUCAGUGUGGGAAGGCAUUUAGUACAAAUGAUCAUCUCAAGACACACCAGAGGACCCAUAAUGGUGAAAAGCCGUAUCAUUGUUCUCAGUGUGGAAAGGCCUUUAGUGCAAUUAAUCAUUUAAAGACACACCAGAGGAUCCAUACUGGGGAAAAGCCGUAUCAGUGUCCUCAGUGUGGAAAGGCCUUUAGUAUAAUAGGUAAUCUCAAGAGACACCAGACUAUCCACAGUUCUGAUGUGCUGCCCUGA